GCAAGCCGACUGGUUGUGUGUCACGGUGCAAGCUGCGUGUCUCCUCACAGUGCGCUCUGUGCUUUUUUUCUUCGCUACAUCUCUCCCUGUACACACUUCCCCCCAAAGGAAACCCACGAGUAAAGGGGUGGCCCAGUAAAGGUGUCAGUGGUCAGCUACGCGCGUGUGUGUCCUCGAGUCUCCUCGCGCGCACAGUGGAACAGUGAUCGUGGGCAGCGUGAUCAACCGAAAGCCGCACAGAGCCAGCCAUAUGCCAGCAGCUUGCCUCGUCUGUGAAGUACAGUGAAGUUUAAUUUCUACCCAUCCGUCGGUGUUGCGUCGUCCGGAAGGACCCGCAAUAAGUGUUCCCGUUACCGAGUGAAUAGGUUAAGAAAGUACCGCACCUACCGCAGCGUGGUGCAGCGUGGUGCAGAGUCGUGAAUAGGCGAGGAAUCGAGUUUUGAAAGCGUGAGGCCGAGUGGUUUGAAGCCGAGGCAGGUGGUGUAACCCGAAGCCCAAAGUUGCCCCAAGGAUCACCGACGACGACGUUUGCCGUCGAUUGCUCGUGGGAUAAGUGGAGGAAUCAGCAACCAACGCAAACGCCAACGCAAAAGGCCGACACGAGAGCGAAGAAUUUGUCGCAACCCUCGAGGUGGAGCUCAGUGUGCGGAUGUUUGUGUGCUAGUGUGCUCCUGCAACACCAAAACUCCCCACCAGUGGAAGCUUGGAAGGGAAAACUGCUUCAGUAAGCCUGAGUAACACCAGCCAACAGCUGAAAGAGAGCCGCGUUCCGUUGUCGUCGUCGUCGUCGAACUAGCGAGUAAACGAAAAUAUGAGCGGAGAACAGCAGGCCACAGAGUCGGCCCCAGAUGGACUUGCGCCGGGAGCGGCAGCGGGAGGCGAAGCGGGAGCAGAUGGGAUCGUCGGCGGACCCAGAACUCCGCAGCAGAUUGCGGCACAGAAGCGGCUCCAGCAGACGCAGGCACAGGUCGAUGAGGUUGUGGAUAUCAUGAAGACGAACGUCGAGAAGGUGCUGGAAAGAGAUCAGAAGCUGUCGGAGCUGGACGACCGAGCCGAUGCGCUGCAGCAAGGGGCGUCACAGUUCGAACAGCAGGCGGGCAAGUUGAAGAGGAAAUUCUGGCUACAGAACCUAAAAAUGAUGAUAAUAAUGGGCGUCAUUGGUCUCGUUAUAGUCGCAAUUAUCGUAGCGAAAUUCAUGCCCGCAGACCAACCGCAGCAACCGAUGAUGAUGAUGGGAGGGCAGCCGAUGCAGCAGAUGCCGAUGCAACAGAUGCCGGCCGCACCACCGGCUCAACCGGCCGCUCCGGCGGCCCUAGUACAGGACGUCACCUCGCUACUGACCGGCGGUGGUGGUUUGCCGCUGAUCAAGAACUAAACGGGCGGAUCGCCGUGAACUCUACUACUCGACUAGUGAAGAUCGAUAGUCGCUAGGUGUGUGUCGUCGUCUCGGUCAUCGCUGGUGCUGCUGCUGCUGCUGAUGUUGCUGUUACAGUCGGAAUAUUUCUCACACAUUCCGAAGAAAGAAAUCUAAAAGAAAUCAUGCAGACUAAAAUAGGGAGACACAUUAUUAGCAGAAGACGAAGAAUCUUACGGGCUUCUCGGUUGGCGGGCAGACGAAACGAAAGAGUUGUCAGAUGGUAACCACUAGCAACCACUAGAUUGCACCUGGGAACAGUUGCAGCGAACAUGGCGUCCUUUAUUAUUCUCUUGUGUACGAGGGCUGAUCAAUAAUUUUCGCGACAUUUGAAUUUUCUCGGGCUACGUAUAUCCGAUUUUCGAUUUUUUUGUGGAGUUAGGUUACUACACAUGUCAGUAACUUAUGGUGAAAAGUUCGGCCAUUUUGAGUAAUCAGUCAAUUUUUGACAGCUGUUUUGCUUGGACGUGUUUUGGCUCAUCGUCGAUUUUUGUCUCUUCCAAAAAAUGGAUGGCAAAGAAUCUUUAUCAAAUUCGGUGUGAAAAACGAAAUUAAGAGCUCGGACGCAAUCGAAAUGUUGGCUGUGACUCAUGGUGAAGCUUUUAAGACCAAAAGCAUUGCUUAUCGGUAGUUCAAAAUUUUGUCAGAGGUCCGAGAAGAUGUGAACUUCCAAAAGCCAAGUUUGGACAAAUGUGAACAGUUUUGCUUACAAUUUUCUUCGAUUGCAUGGUCGUGGUGCAUUAUGAGUUGUUGCCAGAGGAUAGAAUGGUCAAUAAAGAAUAUUUCCUGCAAGUUAUGCGCAAUUCGUCCGAAGCAAUCCGUUAAGAAUGCCCGAAUUUUUGGGAAACCCGAAAUUGGUUGUCGCGCCCCUCCUCACACAUCGUGGUUUCUGCGCGAAUUUUUAGCCAAAACAACACACUAAUGAUGCCAAAGCUACCGUAUUCUCUAGAUUUGGCCCCCUGUAACUUUUUCCUGUUUUUUCCUUUUUCCAAAACUCAAAUUACAGCUUCGUGGUCAAUUACUUUUGGAGUGCAAAAAAAUCGACGAUGAGCCAAAACACGUCCAAGCAAAACAGCUGUCAAAAACUGACUGAUUACUCAAAAUGGCCGAACAUUUCACCAUGAGUUACUGACAUGUGUAGUAACCUAACUCCACAAAAAAAUCGAAAAUCGGAUAUACGUAGCCCAAGAAAAUUCAAAUGUCGCGAAAAUUAUUGAUCACACCUCGUACUUCGAAGAAAAUUGAAAAACAAUUAUUUUGCACUAUUCAGACUCUUCAGUUCAGAAGUCCUUGUGGAGUGUUCUAUGUUCAUCGACCUACUAGAGGGUACCCCUCUGUGGGUUCAGGUUUGAUGAUUAACAGAAUAACCUAACCUUCGAGUUCGCUCAGCUUCGCUAGUCAUCGGCCAUGAAGCAGCCACCGAGUGGCAAUACAAAUCCUCAGUAACAAACAACUCAAACGCGCGAUCCGCGGUACGCGACAGUUCACCAUUCUGAGCGCAUGCAACGAAACUAGUAAACAUUACCACUCUGAGUGUCUGAAAAGUUUGAAAUCUAUGCAAAAAUAAAUAGAAUCAUUUCAAUGGCAAAAAACGAGACCAAUGUUGUUGCUCGAAAACCACGUGGCGCACUGUUCGGGGUCGGCCCAGAGAAGCCCGUUGUUCGAAAGAAAUGUAAACCCACGUUGUGACCGGUCGUUAAUGCGCUUCCAACGUCCAUCAUUGGCGCACAUGUUUCAUUUUUCCCGACCUUUUUUUUCCUUUAAUGGUCCGUUUAAUCGGAAGUUUGCAAAAGUGAAACCGACAGCCUAAUGAAGGGGAAGAGAAAACACAAACCAAAAGAAAAAGAGAAAAAGAAAACUUAACCAUUCGCAGACAUAAGAGUUAAACAUAGAAAUUGCUAGUUCAAAUAAAAUAGAAAUAAAGAAAUGAGAUCCCACAUCAUGCACACCACCACACAGCAGCACAUCACACUCGCGAACAGGACAGGUCAUCUAAACUCAAUUUCAACGGUGUGAAACAAAAGGGUAAAACAAGCGUAAAAUUAGUUUUCAUUUUCAAGUGCAGAGAAAAGCAGCGACAGCGAGCAAAAGCGUGCGAAGCAAACACUACUAGUAUCCAAGUAUAAUAUAGUUAAAAACGAAAACUAACACUUAAAAUCAUUGCGAAUGUAGGGACGGCAGCCCGGGACAGAACGACGAACAGGAACGAGAUAAUACCCAAGAGAUUAUACACUUAAAGUUAUACUUAAUUGCAAACCAAACAGAAGAAACCAAACCAUUGCAUUGAUGGACACGAUUCACACCGACACAUCACAAUGGCUAAUUCACACACUUCAAUUCGUUCGUAUUCACUGAUCCGGGUCACUUCGCAGAUCACACACUAGGAAAGCGACGGCGAACGGAAAUGUGAACGACAAAGAAAAGGGAAAAUCACGUCGUGCACGAAGAAUCUCUCAUAGCAAAAAAGGACAACCAGGUACAUAUAGUAAUUACAAUAAAGCAAAACAAAAAAAUCGAUAAAACACGCUACAUGAGCGCAUAAGCAGCGUAUGAAGCGAUCGUAUGGUGAUCGCGUAAUCUGCAGAUCUGAGUAAUGGAAAAGGCGAAAAGAGCGCAGAAGAGCAAAACGAAUUGUAACUCAUCCAAACAUAAUCCUUCCCCCGUCUAGUCACAAACACAAAACAAAGAAAAUUAAAUGAAUGGAUUGAAAACGAAAACUUCACAAACACACACACAUUGCAUUGAAUGGGAAGAAACAGGAAACGGAAACGGAAACGAAAACGAAACGGAACGGAACGGCUGCACGCAAAAUCAUUAACUGCAAAAAAUGAACGAAGGAACGAAGGUGAUGAAACUAAUGGAACAGGAACAAAUAAGGGCGGCAAGAAAAGCGGAAGCAACACACAAGUAAAAACAAACAACAUAUAAAUACAUAUAUAUAUACAUAGCUUUGAAAAUUGUAAAAACACAAACAAAGGAAAGAACUACAAAGAACAAAACGAGCAAAAAACCACAAAAACAUGUACACGUGCUUCAUUGUUAUCUAUACUUAUAGCCCCUUGAUAUAGUGGCCGCUUGGUGGCUUGUUUGAUGGCUCGUUUGCGCGGUUUGCUCGGACGAACGGGACGGGGUUUGGGGGGGCGGUCGGUAGAGCACCGAACUCAUCCAGAGUAACACCAGACACACCGCGAUCGCGCGCGUAACGUCACGUCAGCACCAUUGGUCCACCAACCACCCUAAGAGGGGUCAAAUGCGUCGCAGAUGGGCAAUCAUAAAAGUUACCAAAAAAGACACAAAACUAUAUGUGGUAAAAGGAAGAUGAGAAAGGGUAGAGAAACAGACAACAAUCGAAAAUUGAAAGAACGAAACGAAAGAACAGACGAGAAGACGCGUAAGAGAGACGGAUUGGACGUAACCGGGGCCGCGACUAGUUGGUGGACAAAACGGCGGGAUAAAGCGAUUAUAAAGUAUAGAUAAUAAUGAACAGAGAAUAUAUAAUUAAUGAUUAAUAAAGACAA